AAAAGUUUAUGGGCUCGAACGCCGCCGCUGACUUCCUCAAACCGCACCUGCAGGAGCUGCGGCGAACUUCGUUCGGCUGCGCAUUUAUGGUUCCUACCUUUGAAACCUCAGUUGAGAUAAUAUUUACCGAGCAAAAUCCAGCGUGUCACAUAACUAAAAAAAAAAGUGGUAGCUGCUCUGCGCGUGCACCGACGAGCUUGUGAUUCGGACAUUGGUCGCACACUUUCCCCUCAGCGAAGGAACGAUGGUGUCCAUCGUCAAGGUGCUCUUCGGAUUGUGCGGGUUGGCCGUGGUCGUCAUUCUGAUUGCGGUUCCCACGGCUAUCUUCCUGAAGGAAGAGCAGAAGGGGAACCUAAGAUAUUUUACACUGGAGGAUGUCUUCAACAGUUCCCUGAAACCAAAGUCCUUUGGCAUGAAGUGGAUCUCAGAUCACGAGUAUCUAUAUAAGACCAAUGGCUCAGUCUUCCGCCUCAAUGUGGUCACAGGAGAGUCCUUGGAGUUCUUGAGUAGAGAUGAGUUUAAUGAAAAAGGCGCUUAUGAUUACCAACUGUCCGGUGACCAAAGAUAUGUUGCUUUUAUGAGCAAUCGUUCCAAGCUGUGGCGGCAUUCAUUUACAGCUACAUAUUCACUCUAUGACCAGGAAUUAAAGAAAUUUCUCAUACCUUCUGACAUACCUGAGGAAAUCCAGUACUUUGCUUGGGCUCCGGAGGGGAACAAACUGGCCUAUGUUUGGGAAAAUAAUGUGUAUAUAAAGACCAGUCUUGGAUCGCCGCCGAAGCAAGUCACCCACAAUGGCAACAAGAAUCUGAUUUUAAAUGGGAUCCCGGACUGGGUGUAUGAGGAGGAGAUGUUCUCGUCCAAUCAGGGGCUCUGGUGGUCACCUGAAGGGAAGUACGUGGCCUACGUUGAGACUAAUGACACAGACGUGCACAGCAUAGAGUACUCCUGGUAUGGCGAGAACCAGUACCCCAGCACUGUUUCCAUUCCAUAUCCAAAGCCCGGUACACCCAACCCUACGGUGAAGCUGUUUGUUGUGAACACUAACACAACAAUUAUUACUGAAGUUGUUGUUCCAGACACCUUCCGCUCGAGUGACCACUACUUGGCAACCGUUACUUGGGCCACAGAUGAACGUCUUGCUGUCCAAUGGCUGAAGAGAGUGCAAAAUCACCUCAUCCUUCAGAUCUACAACUUUAGUGGAGCCAGCUGGGAUCCUGUCGAGCAUCUGGAAGUGAAGAGUUCGACGGGUUGGAUUGGCCGGUUCUCUCCACCAGAACCAGUGUUUGACGCGGAGAAGAACAGCUAUUACCUGUUGAUGAGUAACACCGCAGGGUACAAGCACAUCCAUCAUGUGGUUGGGGGCGAAGCCACAGCGAUCACCUCUGGGGAGUGGGAAGUCGUGGACAUUUUGAAAGUGACCGCAGACAGUGUAUAUUAUUCAAGUAAUGAAGAGGGCAACCGGCCAGGAGGAAGGAAUGUUUACAAGUGGACCAAACAAGGGCCCAAGUGUCUGACUUGUGGCUUCCACGCAGAAGACUGUCAGUAUAACUCGGCCUACUUCAGCCACAAUGCUUCCUUCUACCGUUUAAGCUGCAGUGGUCCUGGCAUCCCUUACCAUUCUCUCGUUGAUAAUAGGAAUGAUAAAGAAUUCAUAGAGCUCAAUGUUUUGGAGGACAAUAAAGCGUUGAGCAGCCUGAUAGCGGACAUCCAGAUGCCCUCCAUGCGCCGCGGCGCCAUCAAACUCGAAGGACACAAUCUCUGGUACCAGAUGUUUUUGCCUCCAGGUUUUGACGAAUCCGAGAAGUACCCUUUACUAAUCGAUGUGUACGCCGGCCCCUGCAGUCAAAAAGCCGACUUCGCCUACAGGGUGAGCUGGUCCACCUACCUGGCCAGUACUGAGAAAGUCAUUGUGGCCAGCUUUGACGGAAGGGGAAGCGGCUACCAAGGCGACAAGUUAAUGCACGCAAUCUACAAAGCCCUGGGAACCUAUGAGGUGGAAGAUCAGAUAACAGCGGUCAGGGAAUUCAUCAAAAUGGGUUUCAUUGAUAAAGACAGAGUUGCUAUUUGGGGCUGGUCUUAUGGUGGAUACGUGACGUCAAUGGCCUUAGGAUCUGGAAGUGGAGUUUUCAAAUGUGGAAUGGCAGUCGCUCCAGUGUCCAAAUGGAAAUAUUACGAUUCCAUCUACACAGAGCGCUACAUGAUGGAGCCCUCAGAGAAUUCUGUGGCCUACACGAAUUCCACAGUUACUGCAAGGGCCAAGAACUUCCACUCAGUGCAGUAUCUUCUGGUUCAUGGAACAGCUGAUGACAAUGUUCAUUUCCAGCAGGCGGCCGAGAUCUCUGAAGCUCUAGUGAAUGAGCAGGUGGACUUUGAGGCCAUGUGGUACACGGACAAGGAUCAUGGACUCGGCGGCUCGGCCUAUCAACACGUCUACACACACAUGAGUCACUUCCUGCAGAGAUGCUUUGCAUAGUGUCCACUGGAUGUCUUUACAUCAUGUGAAUAACCAACAAAUAGGGAAUACAGUCCAAUUGUAAAUGCAGGCUUGAUUGUUGGUGCUCCAAACGCCAGAAAAGUGGAACAUGUCCGACUAUAAUUCUUUGUCUAAGAAAUUUUGUGUUCCAUAUAUUCAUCAGAUAAAAAUGCAUCUUUAAAUUUCUGUAAAUUUGAACUUUUAUACAGUUUUACCAAAUGUAUGCAAUUGAUUGAUUUGUUUUGUAAAAUAAUAAUUAAAUUAAAUGGUGCGAACUCAUUUUGUUUGAAAUAUGAUGCUUUUCAUUC